AUGGACUUUGAGAAGAACCUGCACCAAAGUGACAUCGUGACGUCGGCAUCGGGUGUCAUAGCACUGCUGAACGAAGAAGAAGCGAGUUUGAAAAUCUUCGGGUUGGAAAAACUGAAUGCCAUUGUGGAUGUAUAUUGGCCCGAGUUAGCAGAUUAUAUUUUUAAAAUAGAAGAACUAUGUGAGGACCAGAAUUUUGUUGGAAAAGAGCUAGCCAAUUUGGUGGCUAGUAAGGUUUAUUUCCAUUUGGAAAAAUACCCUGAAGCGUUGAAGUAUGCACUGUGUGCAGGAAAACUGUUUAACAUAAACGAGAAGUCGCAGUAUGUCGAAACGAUGCUAGCCAAAUGUAUAGAGAAGUAUGUGGAGAUUCGGGAGAGGGACUAUGAGGGUCAAGUCAUAAGUAGCAGCAGCAGCAACAGCAACAGACGUGGUGGCAACAAUCAUAGCGGUAACAACCACAGCAGCAGUGAUACCCACUUGGCGCACAGCAAUAUACAUCAGGGAGAUGGGAGCAACGAAGGGAGCAUCGAAGGGAACAACGAGGUGAACCAUAACAAUUACGUGGACGGAGGCUCCUAUACGAACCAUAUGGGACCAGACAACACAUACAACAGAAGCAAUUUCAAUCUUUACAAUAAUCACGAAAGUAGUAACGAAAAAAUGAAAACCGAUACAGAUAUUUUUAAGGAAGAUCUAAAUAACGAAAUUCAUCAAAAGAUGGAACAAUUCGUUGAUGAAAUGUUAGAAAUCUGCAUGCAGAAUAAUAGCGUGAAGGAAGCUUUAGGGGUGGCGUUAGAUGCUAGAAGAUUAGAUAAAGUAGAAUAUAUAAUUCUAAAUUGUCCAAAUAAGAUCGAGUUAUUACAACACUCUAUUGCAAAUGAAAGGCAUAUUAAUACAACGAAAAAGUUUAGAAAUGAUUUUUUCAAAUUGCUAGUUAAAAUAUAUCUUUCAAUGGAUCCAGAAGAAUUAAAAAGUGAAUAUAUAAAUUUAUGUGAAUGUUUAUUUUACAUUAAUGAUUAUAAAAAGGUUGCUGAGAUUUUAUUAAGUUUGAUUAACGACUAUCAUUUGAUGGCAUAUCAGAUUUCUUUUGAACUUGUAGAUUUGGAAAAUCGGAACUUUUUAAAAAAUAUUUUAAAACAGAUUAAAGAAAUUUUGAUACAGAAUAAGUCUUUUUACUAUGGGGAGCAUAGUUAUUCUGGAGAAUCGAAGAAGCGCUCCAACCUCCAUUUGGGUGCAGACUGUGCUGCGGAUGACGAUGUGGUCAAGGGGGAUGACGUGGACAAGGGGGAUGACGUGGUCAAGGGGGACGGUGUGGUCAAGGGGGACGGCGUGGUCAAGGGGGACGACGUGGUCAAGGGGGACGAUGUGGCCAAGGGCGAGGAGGUUCCGAGCACAGUUCCGCAGCAGGAGGAGUCCGCCCCGGGGGCGGCGCAGGACGACUCGGAAAAGAAGAACGCAGACGAGGGGAGUGGUCAGGACACCGGUGGCAGCGGCGAGGGCGACAGUGCUGCCAAUGGGAUUAACGCGGCCAACGGGGGGAAUGCGGCCAACGGGGUCAACGCGGCGAAUGGCAACAGCAACAGCCUGGCGAGCAGGGAGGAGGACAGGCAGAGGCUCUCCGACGACGUGCUCAUGUACAUAAGCGAGAACCACAAGCUGUACGAAAAAAUCAAAAAGCUCGUGUUCAUACUGACGGGGAAGGUGACGAUAAACUUGUAUAUGGAAUUCCUGCACCGAAAUAACCACGCCGAUUUGAUUCUGCUGGAUAGUUACAAAAAUGUAGUAGACUCCAGAAGCAGCAUUACUCACCAUGGGAUCGUUAUAGCGCACGGGUUGAUGCAGACAGGCACGACAUGUGACGUGUUCCUGCGCUCCAACAUUGAGUGGUUAUCCAAGGCGAUAAAUUGGGCCAAAUUUUCCUCCACAGCAUCUCUUGGUGUGGUCUACAAAGGACACGUGAACGAAUCAUUUAUCGUCCUGUCAUCACAUUUACCAUACAAUGAUGUGUCGAGACAAAUUACAAAUAAUCUGAACGUAGGUAUAUCCCCCAGUGGAGUGUACUCAGAGGGUGGUUCCCUAUAUGCCCUUGGGUUAAUACAUGCAAAUUAUAACACAAAUGAUAAGAAGGUGAAAAACUUUUUACUAGCUCAGUUAAAAUUAAAUGUAAACGAUGAGGUGUUACAACAUGGUUGCUGCUUAGGGUUAGGGUUAGUGUGUAUGGGGGAAAAUGAUGACGACCAAGUGUAUGAUGAGCUAAAGGGGGUUAUGUAUUCAGACUCAGCAGUAGCAGGGGAAAGUGCAGCAUAUGCAAUUGGACUCUUAAAACUUGGAAGUGGUGAUGAAAAAUGCGUAGACGAAUUACUAGCCUAUGCACAUGACACCCAACAUGAAAAAAUAACGAGAGCUUGUAGCAUUAGUCUAGGAUUCGUAAUGUUCCAAAAGGAAAAAGAAGCAGACAUUUUGAUUGAAGAAUUAAUUAACGAUAAGGAUGCCAUCAUACGAUAUGGAGGAAUGUUUACUAUAGCUAUGGCGUACUGUGGUUUAUCUAGCUACAAUAAGCAUAUAAUAAAAAGGCUACUGCACUUUUCCGUAUCAGAUGUAAGUGAUGAUGUUAGGAGAGCAGCCGUUAUAGCAUUAGGUUUUGUAUUAUGUAACAGUCCAUCUCAAGUGCCCAUGUUUUUAAAUCUCCUAAUUGAGAGCUACAACCCCCAUGUACGUUACGGGGCUGCACUAGCAUUAGGAAUCGCGUGUGCUGCAUCAGGAAAUGAAGAAGCUGUUAACAUGCUCAUGCCAUUACUAACCGAUACUACCGAUUUUGUGAGACAAAGUGCAUUCAUAUCGUUAGGACUAAUUUUCCAGCAAUCGAAUGAGCAUGUAAAUCCAAAUUUUAAAAAAUAUAAAGAAGAAAUUAUGCGUAUUUUAUCAGACAAACAUGAGGAUAUUAUUGCCAAAUUUGGUGCCAUAGUAGGUGCUGGGUUGUUAGAUAUAUGUGGAAGGAACGCUAUUUCGACCUUCUUCACAAGAAGAGCAAAUAUUAUUAGACCACAAGCAGCUGUUGGUUUUUGUUUAUUCAGCCAACUGUGGUAUUGGUUUCCAUUAAUCCAUAUGAUUAGCUUGACCUUCCUUCCGACUUGCUUAAUUGGACUAACUGAAGAUUUGAAAGUGCCAAAGAAUUUUUCCGUCCUUUCCACGUGCAAGAAUCAGACCUUUGAUUAUCCUUCCUUUUUAAGCAAAGAAAAAGCGCAAGAAAAGAAAGAAACCGUCACGGCUGGUCUGUCCACUACUGCGAAACGGAAAACACUAAAAUUGAAGAAGCAGAAAAGUGAGAACAAAUUGGCCAAGGAGAAAACUGCUCUGGAUGACAACAGCUCCGUUUUAUCUGAUGGGAAGUCCAUGAAGAAUUUGGAGAUCCUCAGCACGGCUGCUACAGUGGGGCAGUCCAGUCACGUGUCCCAUGCGGAGAGCGUCGAGGGCAGUGCCAAUGACGAGACCACGAAUGAGCAGGCCAACGAGACUAGCAACUUUUCCAACUUGCAGAAAAUGAAGAAGGCCGACACCAAGGGCAAGGUCUCCACUAUGCAGUCCAUCAACAACACGGUCGACAUGAAAAACCCUUGCAGAGUAAUCAAAAUGCAAGAAAAGUUCAUCGAAUACCAGGCCAACAGUAGAUUUAAGCCCAUCCUUCCCUCGCGAAAAUCGGGUUUCAUCAUGCUUGUGGACACGGCACCCUCGGAGCCAUCCGACUUCAUCGAAAUAAACCUCGAGAACAGCGCGAAGAAGGAGGCCCCCCCCUUUGAGCCCUUCGCGUGGAAAGAAGAAAAUUGAUCACACUGGCGCAGC